CGACCACCCAGCCCAGCCUAGCCACAUGGCCUCCUGCUUGCCUGAUGUAUGAGGCCUCCUGUGGGCACCUAAGGACCAGAUCCACCCCUGGGGACCGGGCACUGCCUGGCGCAGCUAGUGGGGCCCUUGGCCAUGGCCAGCACAGCGGUCCAGCUCCUGGGCUUCCUGCUUAGCUUCCUGGGCAUGGUGGGAACGCUCAUCACCACCAUCCUGCCGCACUGGCGGAGGACCGCCCACGUGGGCACCAACAUCCUGACGGCUGUGUCCUACCUCAAGGGGCUGUGGAUGGAGUGUGUGUGGCACAGCACAGGCAUCUACCAGUGCCAGAUCUACCGCUCACUGCUGGCGCUGCCCCGGGACCUGCAGGCGGCCCGCGCACUCAUGGUCAUCUCCUGCCUGCUGUCGGGCCUGGCCUGCGCCUGCGCCGUAGUGGGCAUGAAGUGCACGCGCUGUGCCAAGGGCACACCCGCCAAGACCACCUUCGCGGUGCUGGGGGGCGUGCUCUUCCUGCUGGCCGGCCUGCUGUGCAUGGUGGCCGUGUCCUGGACCACGAACGACGUGGUGCAGAAUUUCUACAACCCGCUGCUGCCCAGCGGCAUGAAGUUUGAGAUCGGCCAGGCCCUGUAUCUGGGCUUCAUCUCCUCGUCCCUGUCUCUCAUCGGGGGCACCCUGCUCUGCUUGUCCUGCCAGGACGAGGGCCCCUACAGACCCUACCAGGCCCAGUCCAGGGCAGGGGCUGCCACCACAGCCACCGCCCCCGCCUACUGCCCACCAGCAGCUUACAAGGACAACCGUGCCCCCUCCGUGACCUCAGCCUCGCACAGUGGGUACAGGUUGAAUGACUAUGUGUGAGUUUCUUCCCUAGGCCUCUGCCAGGGCUGCUGGGCCCUAAGGGACUGAUGACUGAUGACUUCCCUGCAGGAAGGCUGCGGGGACCCACGUGAAUGUGGGGGAGUGAGCCCGAAACACAGAAAGGAGGGCGCUCUUCGAGGCAAAGACUUCUGAAAAGUGCUGUUUUUGUAUUUAUUCUAUGUAUUUUUGCGGGAGGUUUAAUACGAGCGCAAUAAAGAGUGAC